AUGGCGGGGACUUUUAGAUUCGGGACGGACCUUUGGGACCCUUCGCACCGCUUCGAGACGUCGUGGCUGGUGUCGCCGUAUGUGCUAUUCGUCCUUCGGGCGCUCAUGGCACUCUACGCAUUCACGGUCCUCCUAUUCAACAUCGGGUACCAGUGCGCGCGGCCCGCGCUCGGCGGCUGCGAGGCGUCGCGGUCCAGCUUCUCGUACUUCACGACGCUAACGUACUGGGGCAUCGCCUUCUACAUGCUGGCGGCAGCCAUCCACACCUUCACCUAUGCGCGCUACAACCACUCGCUGCUCGACCGCUUCCCGCGGCCCCUGCAGGCCCUGCACGCGCUCUUCUACAGCUCCAUCGUCACCUACCCCUUCCUCGUCACCGCCGUAUACUGGGCCAUCCUGUAUGGUCCCUCUUGGUUUCCAAACUCGUAUCAGGCUUGGAGCAAUAUCAGCCAGCACGCGAUGAAUUCGCUGUUUGCGCUGAUUGAGAUCGUGCUGCCGCGCACGAAUCCUAUGCCGCCGGUGCAUAUGCUCUGGCUCGUCGUCAUUCUGGCAUGCUACUUGGCCCUGGCCUACGUCACACAUGCCACCAAGGGCUUCUACACGUACAGCUUCCUCGAUCCGGUGAAGACCGGUAACCUGGUCGCCGCCUACGUCUUCGGCAUCGCGGUUGCCAUUCUCGUCAUCUUUGGUAUAGUCUGGUGCCUCGUCUGGGCGCGCCGCUGGCUUACCGAGCGCAAGUUGGGGCUGGACGGCCGCUUUGCGAAGGGCUCUGGCGCUGGCUCGUGGCGCGGUCGCGACGUGGAGGUCGGGGGCCACGAGUUGGGUAGUCGCGAUGGGCCGAAGUGA